GCUCCAAUUCUUCUUGGAGGUUUUUCUGCUUGUGACCUACCUUCUCCUGGAUGGCUACAGGACUCACUUUUGAUCCAGCUGAUGAUGAUAAUCUCACUUGUACUCGAUAUCUGCUGCUGUAAUCGUCAAGACUCUCAUGCGCAAGAAUGGACCGUAUGAGUGAGGAGGCAUUGCGGCUCAACCUGCUUAAACGAGGCCUGGAGCCAGCAGAGGAGCGUAGCCGAGCUCACGAUGACGUCCUGCCAAAGCGGCUGAAAAUGGAAGGUCACGAGGCCAUGGAGAGACUAAAAAUGCUUGCACUGCUCAAACGCAAGGACCUGAGUGGCCUGGAGAGCGGCUCUGGCACACUGGGAGAUCUGCGAGCCUCCGGAGCCAGCAGCCACGCUGCGUUGCAGAGCUACACGGCUUAUGAAGAGAAGAUGAAUGGCAGCCUGAGGACGCCAGCCGUGUCCCACUCCCUUAUGGGCCGUAGCGGGAAAGAGAACAUCAGUGACGAGCCGGUGGACAUGAGCUCCAAGAGGAGUGUUGUGGAUCGAGAGCGUCACACUCCCUCUCCAGAUGUGAUUGUCUUAUCCGACAACGAGGCAUCCAGCCCCAAAGGAGCAGGCAGAGAGGAGAAAGUGAAGCCUGUGAACCUGGACAUGUUCAAGGGGAAGAGUGUAGCUGAGCGGCAACGAGUGAUUAAGGCUUUAAGAGAGGAGCUGAGACUUGAGGAAGCUCGUCUGGUUCUGCUAAAGAAACUCAGACAGUCUCAGCUACAGAAGGAGAACCUCGCCCACAAGGUAUCAGUGGUGCAAAGCAGUUCCUCAUCCGUUCACCCCUCAGCUCACAGCUCUCAGUCUAGCAACAAGCUGCCCGUCAGAUCUGGCCACACACACCACGGUGGAGACGCCCAGAACCUCCGUGCUGCACAGGGCCAGAGUGUGAUCCGGUCUGCAGCCAGUGCCUCCAUUCCCCAGAUGAUGAUGUCACAGCGAGUGGUUGCUCCCAGCCCGGGGCAGCUGCAGGGCCACAGAGUGUCGAGCAAACCGAGCAGCAUGCGCACCUCCACAGCCAGCAUCAACAGCACUGUCAACUAUCAGCAGCCCUCCAGUCAGCAGAUGUCUGUCCCUCAGCGUUCCAGCUCCUCCUCCAUCUACAUGAACCUGGCACACAUGCAGGCAGUGGGCGUGGCUGGGAUGACCGGAGGAGUGGGAGUGGCUGGUGUGACAGGUGGAGUUGGAGUUUCGGGGGUAGGCUCUUCCUCAUCCAGCUCUGUGCAAGACGUGGCCAGCAGCCAGGCUGCGGCCAAACUGGCUCUACGCAAACAGCUGGAGAAAACCCUGCUGGAGAUCCCGCUGCCUAAACCACCUGCGCCUCUUCUCUACUUCCUGCCCUCAGCCGCUAACUCCGAGUUCAUCUACCUGCUGGGACUGGAGGAGGUGGUGCAGAGCGUUCUUGACAGCCAGGUUAAGCUGUGCGGAACAACUGGUCAUCUGGAGCCCUUUGCUUGCGCUCAGUGUAAAACUGACUUCACCCCUCACUGGAAGCAGGAGAAGGGUGGACGCAUCCUUUGCGAAACGUGCAUGACGUCCAAUCAGAAGAAGGCUCUGAAAGCCGAGCACACCAAUAGGCUGAAGAACGCCUUUGUGAAGGCGUUGCAGCAAGAGCAGGAAAUUGAACAGAGAUUACAGCAACAAGCUGCCCUGUCCACCAGUUCUACAGUGUCUGCAGCUAGUGUGAGCAAAGCUGAGUCCAUGAUGAGGCAUCACAGCAUGAGACAGGCAUCCUCGGCGCAAGUCGCUCAGUCCCAGGUGUCCAUGCAGCGCAGCAUAUCGGCUGCAGGCUCUGGGUCAGCAAGAGGUGUCCUAUCCAACUUUGCACAGGCAUCCCAGCUUGCGCUACCUGGCGCAAUAAUGGGCAUGACGAGCAAACACUGCUCUACAUCCAGCAGCCGGUCACAGCAUGACAACCGACAUCAGCUGUACGGCAUUCCUGGAGUCAACAUUGCUUACCUGAGCUCUGGUAACGUUGGGGGUCAUAAAUCAUCUAGUUUAGCAGACAGACAGCGAGAGUACCUGCUGGACAUGAUUCCUCCCCGGUCCAUAUCGCAGUCCAUUACUGGACAGAAAUAGGCCUUCAGUCUCACACUUAACCUCCUAACCCCAAUACAUGCACAAACAACCUUCUCAUGACAAGCUCUCCCACAUAUGCUCCUUCUCUCUCUUUCUCUUUAAGAUGAGCACACACACGCACUGUCUUUAACAUAUCCAGCCACGUCUCCCCGUCCCCUGUUGCAUGCAGUGCCUGUCAGUCUGCUUACCAGCUACUCUUUCUGUGUAACACAAUCAGUGACUGUAUGUGGUGAACUUCACCAGUACACUGCAGUCACUCUCUGCAAGUAUGCAAUCCCUCCUCGACACUGCUCAACCCUUACAUCUUCAUCACUCAAAAUGCUUGUGUGUGGACAUGUUUUGUACAUUAAUGCACUUUCCGGUGAGAAUGUGUUUUUAAUUUUUGCUCUUAAUAUUUUGAACGUGUGCGCGGGUGUGGCAGCACCAUACAGAGAGACAGAAGCUCUGAGAGAAUCAAAUCGAAAUGGACAUCUUGGGGGAGGGGAGGUUUCUCCCCCCCCCCCCCUGAAAGCAACUAUCAGUGUUUUUAAGAAGAUGGAAUUUAAAAGGAGAUGUCUUAUUAUAUCACUACGCGGAGAACUUUGGUUUUGGCUACUUUUAGCUGACUGCAAUACCGACACCCUAUGACUCCGCAUUUCCUAAAGACUUUUCUGUAAGUGUUUCUUGCGCAAACAGCCUGCUUUUUUUUUUUUUUUUUUUCCCUUUUUUUGCCCCCCCAUCCCAGUCUGUCUUUGUCAAAUUUUGUCUCAGCAAGGAUAAGCCUAUCAGUGAGUUACAUUGUAUGAAGCAUUCAGUCCUGUGAGGCCACAUUUACUAACUCCUUUUCCAAUCACAUACAUGUACACGCUUUGCAUUAGAUCAUGUGGUGGUGUAUCGUUUAUUUUCUGGUGCUCUUUUAAAAUAAGCAUUUUUUUUCUCAUUAAAUGGGAAAUAAUAAGAAUGACACUUCAAGUCAGUCCAUCUCUGACUUUAAACAUGUAAAAAAAUUAGAAUGACUUAUAUUGCUAAGUAUUGAUUUUUAAAGUUGCCGUUUGUCAGAUUUUCCUCUUUUCAUCAUGUAGUUUACUGAAGAGUGGAAUUUCUUAUACACUGCACCUUUAAUUGGACAGUGCAAUAUUGGGCAAUGAUUUUAUUUUUGAAAUUCAGUGAUGAAAACUAACCGUUUGUUAUGGCCCUGCACCAUGAUGGACACUUGGACAUCGCUUUCCACGUUUCUCUAUUACACAUAUAAUCUUCGUUUUAUUCAUCUUUUGUACAAUAUGUACAGUAUAGUAUGGUCACUUUUUUUAUUUCAUUAUACCAUGUGCCCCAGGGUACUGUUGGUGUUUAAAAAAACAAACAAAAAGUCUUCAUAUCUGUAAAGCUGAUUUUUAAAAAUAUUUCUUAUGAAAUACCUGUAAAGAUUCUUUUAGAAAUGUAAGCCAUUUUUUUCCCUUUUCAUGCCCCCUUUAUCUUACUUUACUUAAAAGCUGUUCAAGGUUUUAUGAAUAUUAAGCUUAUAACAAGUAUUACAAAUACUUAUUUGCAUGAGCAGAUGUAUUCUUAAUAAUGUAUUGUAAAUAUGCCUUUAGCUUUUGGGGCUCAAAACAUGGAACAAUGCAUUUGUACAUUGUAUAGGAAAAAAACAAAACAAAAGCCAUUGAUAUUGUGAGUGUCAUUUUGUCAUGUGUUCCGUGUGUAGUGCUACACAAAUUGUGUAAAAAUUACAAUUUUCUUUUCAUUCAUUCCUAAAUAUGUUUUUGUCCCCUCUGUAUCAGUUGUGCUCUGUGCUCCAUCCACCCAAGACCUUCUGUUAGAAGACUUAUUUGGCCACAGUAUUUCACUUAAUUGUCUGUGUUAAAGUUUAAAAUGAACACACAACCCUUUGUAUAUCUGUGUUAAAUUUGGGGAAAGCUCAGACAACUUGGUGAAAUGGUGUUGCCUCUGGCAAUCAGAGAUGUGCUCAGUUCUUCAAUGAUGUUCCUCUGGAAAUGGCCAUUUAUGAUCCCAGGGCUGGAAAUGCUCUUGCUCUUCACUUUCUUUGCUGUUAUUUGUUGUUAUAAAAGCAACAUGCUGUAUUUGCUAUGGAAUGCUAAGCCGAAUGUGAAAACUGAACAGAAGGAAGAAAAAAAAUGUUUUCUUGCAGGCCAAAUGUUGCUCCAUAUAAUUUCAGUAAAUAAGCUUACAAUAAAAA